GGGUAGUCAGGGUCAAGGUGGCUGUGUAUCAAACAUGGCGUUAACGCAAGGUUUGAUAGGUGUACUUUGUCGCGGAAGGUACCGAAAUUUGAAUAAGAGAAGUAGUUUUUUAAUUAAUAAGGCAGUACAAUUAUGUUAUUCUACACAAAGAAAUAUUGAUGGUUCUGAAGUUCCUGCUCGAACAAGAGGUCCUUCAAAGGUUUAUCAUUCAGCUACAGAUGCGAUUAAAGAUAUUCCUGAUGGUGCAACAAUUCUUUUUGGAGGUUUUGGACUAUGUGGUAUACCGGAAAAGCUUAUUGGUGCUAUUCUGGAAACCAAUCUCAAAGAUUUAACCAUUGUUUCUAACAAUACUGGUGUUGCUGAUUUUGGUCUUGGUCUUCUCUUAAAAGAAAAAAGGGUCAAGAAAGUCAUAGGUUCUUUUUUUGGUGGCAAUCCUGAUUUGGGUCGUCAGUAUCUUUCGGGAGAAUUAGAACUUGAACUCACACCUCAGGGUACCCUUGCUGAGAGGUUGCGAGCUGGGGCAGCUGGUAUUCCUGCUUUUUAUACCCCAACCGCGUUUGGUACUCUGAUUCAAGAAGGAGGAGUUCCUAUGAUGUAUGACAAAAAUGGGAAAGUUAAAACUAGCAGCCCUGGUAGGGAAACAAGGCAAUUUGGUGGACGUGAUUAUGUUUUGGAGACUGCAUUAACUGCUGAUUGGGCCCUCAUCAAAGGCCAGGUAGCCGAUGAAGAAGGAAAUACUAUCUUCAGGAAAACAGCUCGCAACUUUAAUCCGGUGAUGGCACAAGCAGCAAGAACUACUAUUCUAGAAGUAGAGGAGGUAGUACCCAUUGGAAAACUUGAUCCUGACCAUAUUCAUUUGCCUGGUAUUUACAUCAAUAGAUUAGUAAAAGGUGAAGAUUAUGAAAAGAGAUUAGAGAAAUUGGUGUUAGCAAAGAAAACAGCUAGUGCUGCUUCUGAAACCCCUGCAGCCAAGCUCAGGGAGAGAAUAGCUAGGCGAGCUGCCUCUGAGUUUAAAGAUGGCAUGUAUGUAAAUUUGGGAAUUGGUAUUCCUGUUAUGGCAGCCAGUUUCAUUCCAAAAGGUAUGAAGGUUGUGCUUCAGUCAGAAAAUGGCCUGUUAGGAAUUGGUUCCUAUCCUGAAACAAGAUCUGAUGUUGACCCAGAUUUAAUUAAUGCCGCAAAAGAGCCUGUAAAUAUUGUUUCUGGAGCAUCUUAUUUUUCCAGUGAUGAAUCGUUUGCGAUGAUACGAGGAGGCCAUGUAGAUUUAACUAUUCUUGGAGGUUUAGAAGUUUCGCAGUAUGGAGAUUUAGCUAAUUGGAUGGUACCCGGAAAAAUGAUUAAUGGUAUGGGAGGAGCCAUGGAUUUGGUCUCAGCAGAAGGAACAAAAGUGGUGAUUGUUAUGGAGCACAACACUAAAGAGGGUGGGCAUAAAAUUGUGACCAAUUGCAGUCUUCCACUCACUGGCAAGAAAGUCGUUGAUCUCAUUAUAACGGAAAAGGCCGUAUUUAAAGUUCACCCCGAGCAAGGUUUAACUUUAAUAGAAAUUGGUGAAGGAAUACAAGUGCCAGAAAUUUUGACUUCUACCGGCUGUGACUUUGCAGUUGCUGAGGAUCUUAAGACUUUUUCAUAAGGCCAGGAGUAGUUUAUGCUGGGUAUUCUGUGACUUAAGUUACCAUUACUGGUUUGAUUUCUUUAAGGUAUAAGAUUUUUCUAUAUUCAUUUAAAAAAAUGUUUUCGAGCAUUAUCUAUUAAAUUUUAAUUUUGAACUGAUCUUAGGUUAAAUUUCUAUAAAAAUUUUUGUGAUUUGGCUUGAGGUAAGUAAGUAUUAUCUUUCAAAUAAACAUUUGUACAUUGAAACAAAAUGAGCCAAUUUCUAAAACUUUGAAAUAUUUGAGAAAAAAAUCAGGGUUGAUUAUAAAUUAAUUUUUGUCAGAACCUGCUGUCUCCAAUUAUUAGUUAUUGACGUUGACUAAUAAUUAUAGAAUAUUAGUCCCUUUAACAAUUUAUGUGCAUCCUGCACCAAUUUCUUAAUGACAAUUCAUUCAAAAUGUUGAACAUUUAGCCUGUUUUGUAUCAAGAUACAGAUAUAUGGAAUAUUUAUAGUUAAAUAAGAUAGUGAAUUGAUAACUGUUUAAAAACUAUAGUUAACUUGAGUUACCUUUAAAAUUAAAAUAAAACCUUAUUAAUUUACUUUUAUUGAUUUAUAUUGUAAUGGUUAAAACUAUUUUGUUAUUGUUCAAGGUAAUUAUUCUCUUUGAUAGGUAUUUCAUUAAAUAAAUUUUAGUAAAGAAUUUUUAUUUUAUUUAUACUACAGUAAUUAUGUCAUCUACUUAUUAAGUUGAAAAAUUGGAACUGUAUAUGAUAAAUGAUGCUACAAUCAUGCUUGAAUCAUUUUUCAUUUCCUAAUUUGUUCAUAAUCAAAGCUUAAGAAAUAAAGUUUUCGUGAUGAGGAAGUUGUUUUAUGAAAUUGACUGAGAUAAAUUGUUAAUUUUACAAACCAGUAAUUUCUUGUUCUACUAUAUAUUGAUUUAAAUGGAUCAUCUUGCUGUUUUUUGCAAAAUAUUU